AGCAGCGCCAGGAUGGUGCUGCUGGAGAGGGAGCAGUUCCUGACAGAGCUGACCAGCCUCUUCCAGAAGUGCCGGUUGUCGGGCAGCGUGUUCAUCACCCUGAACAAGUAUGAUGGUCGAACUAAACCCAUUCCAAGGAAGGGUUCUGUGGAGGGCUUUGAGCCCUCAGACAACAAGUGUCUGUUAAGAGCUACCGAUGGGAAAAAGAAGAUCAGCGCUGUGGUGAGCUCCAAAGAAGUGACUACGUUUCAGAUGGCUUAUUCAAACCUAUUGAGAGCUAACAUGGAUGGGCUGGAGAAGAGGGACAAAAAGAGCAAGAGGAAGAAGAGCAAAGCAGCGCGGUGAAGGGCACCAGAUCUCCCGCUUUCACCAGCUAACCCCUGAACUGCUGUUUUUCCUUUGGUUUUUACUUCUGGCCACAAAGCUGGGUUUCUGAUUCCCCUACAAUAACUGUUUUCAUGUGAGAUUAGGGUCAUUUUUGGAUGGAAGAAGGGCUGUAGUGUUUACAGGGAAGUUACAAGAAGCCAGUUUAUUUUAGAUCUGGCUAAGUGGUCUGUGUUGUGUGGUUGUAUGUUUCUGGAUAAUAGUUUACAGUCUCUGUAGCCGUCUGUGAAGAGCACUGUAUCAUUAAACCUGUAUUUGUCAGCACUGACCAUCUUUUAUUCCUUUUCCCACCCCAUAAAAAGUUUCUGGCAAUAGCUCCUCAUUCUGGAACGAUGUGAUUAUGAAUAGGCUUUAGGCCCUGUCUUAUGAGUUACUGGAAUUGAAACCUGACAAUUUUAUAAAAAGUUGUGU